CCUACGCCCAAUCAGCUGAUUUCUCAGCUCACAGCUCAAAUGGCUUCACUUCAUAUCUUCGCUCUGAUGUUCGUAACCCUUGUAUCGGCGGUCAUCAUGAGGAUCGUCUCCGCCGUAGUCUACUACCGCAGAAACCGGGCUAAGUCUGUCGGUUUCUUUCAUCCUUACACGAACGACGGCGGCGGCGGCGAGCGGGUACUGUGGUGCGCCGUAAGAGCCGUUCAGGAAGAGUUUCCAGAUCUGGAAUGCGUGAUCUACACCGGCGAUCAUGACGCUUCCUCUAAAUCUCUCGCCGAUCGAGCGAUCGAUCGUUUUGGGGUCAAACUGAUAAACCCUGUAAAGGUGGUUCAUCUGUAUAAGAGGAAAUGGAUUGAAGAAGCUACCUAUCCACGAUUCACCAUGAUCGGUCAGAGCCUUGGUUCAGCGUACCUUUCUUGGGAAGCUUUGUGCUCAUACACUCCCCUCUAUUAUUUUGACACCUGUGGAUAUGCAUUUACAUACCCUAUUGCUAGAAUGUUUGGAUGUAAAGUUAUUUGCUACACUCAUUACCCGACUAUUAGUUUGGACAUGCUAUCACGGGUCCAUGCACGGAGUUCUAUGUAUAACAAUGAUGCUUUGAUUGCUAGGAGUGCCUUCUUCUCCCAGUGCAAAAUUAUUUAUUAUAAGGUGUUCAGCUGGAUGUAUGGAAUUGUAGGCUCUUGUGCACAUCUUGCUAUGGUUAAUUCUUCGUGGACUCAGUCCCAUAUUCAAAAACUCUGGGGAAUUCAAGAUCGAAUUAAGAGAGUGUACCCUCCCUGUGACACCUCUGGUCUUCAGGCCUUACCACUGGAAAGGUCAACAACACCUGUAAAGAUUAUUUCCGUGGCUCAAUUUCGUCCAGAGAAGGCGCAUCAGCUUCAACUCGAGGCAUUUGCUGUUGCCGUCAAGAAUUUGGAAGCACAAGUACCAAGACCUAAGCUCCAAUUUGUUGGCAGUUGCAGGAAUGAAGCAGAUGAGAAGAGAUUACAGCAUUUGAAGGAUCGAACCAAUGAGCUGAAGCUGGAAAGUGAUGUGGAGUUUCACAAAAAUGUAACCUACAGUGAGCUGGUGAGUCUUUUGGGUGGUGCAGCUGCAGGGAUUCAUUCUAUGAUAGACGAGCACUUUGGCAUCUGUGUGGUAGAAUACAUGGCAUCUGGUGCCAUACCAAUUGGACUGAGAACUGAAUUAUCUCUGUUUUUCAUUUUCUUUUGA